UGAUCCACCUUUAAUCUUGACCAGACCUUUUGGUGGCAGCCUAUAUAUAUAAAGAAUAUUGAAGAAGGAAACUCAUUCUCUUUGCCUAGGAAAGUCAUUCAUUUACUCUCAUUAGAGCCCAAUUUUUAGGAAUUCUGGUGUAUACUGAAGACCAUUCGAGACAUCCAGCCUCAUGGAUUGAAGAAGUACUGAAUUCUUCAACUUUUCAUUGGUUGACAGCCAAUGUUGGACUAGCUGGACCACAGACUGUGAGACAUUGUAAUAAAUUCACUUUCUACCUACAUAGGGAGACUGAUUCUAUCAGUUCUGUUCAAGCAGAGAACGUUACUAAUACUGUUUGUUUUGUUUUGUUUUCACUUGCCCAGAGGAAGAUGUUGUACCUAACACUAGUGCUCAUAAAGGAACUUGUUCCAUUUCUCUUUAAAUAUUCAACUUAUUGUGAAGACUACACUUCAUAUUGUUGUUAAAUUGUCAAGAGAUUGAAAUGAAUUUCAGGAAUAAAUCUCCUAAAGCAAUGGAACCAUCAUCCAGCCUUCUGAUGGAAGAAAGAUCUAUCUUGUCUGUGAUCUGAUUCCUGCUUUUCUCUCUUGGUUGUCUAAAGUCCCUGUGACAACCAGGUAAAAAGUACCUGAGUUCAUCAGACCUCAGUGUGAAGCCAUAAAACAGACAUUUCAUUUUGUGUCCUAAAAUUUCUCUUUAAUUGUUAAUAUUCUGGACAUUCUUCAACCUGGUGGAGAGGGGAAUCACUCCACUCCACAUUGUGUAAUGGGCUGUGCAAGCUAGCCACAUGGUGUCCAGGAGGAAGAAGGGGAAGUCCCUGUGGAGUGCAGGAAUAUAGCAGGGUCAGCUAUUUGAGCCAGGGGCAAGUGCUGUUGUAAUGGAAAUCUCUGCAGAUCUAGAAAAGGUCUGUGUCUUGGGUGGAAGGCAGGGCCAGAAACCACUCACUGUACAGAGUCUUUAAGCACACAGUUAUCCUAAGGAAGGUGCUCUUGUCACUCAGGCCUCAGUAGCCAAUCAGGCCCUCCAGGCUUACCUGCCAGUCAGAGGAGAGUGGUGGGGGUGGGCUUUCUAGGGCCAGGCUGCAGGCUUGUCUUUGUAACAGAGUGUAUACCAGUGGUUUUGUGUGCUGCCUGUGCUGUUGGAAGGAGCAGAGGAGAGAGCAUGGGUGAGCUGGGAAGUCACGGCAUGGUGAGCAAGAGGCUGCUGUCCCUAGGUCAGGAGGAGCAAAUGGUGAGCCUCAGAAGCCAGGGUGGCAGUCCUCUCUGGGGUUGGGUGGGAACCUGUAGCCAGAUUCCCUGUCCUGUGAGGUACCAUGUGGUCCUUGCAACUCCCUGCACCCAGGUGUAGGACUCUGAAUAACAUUGCUCUGUGGGCUGCCUCUGCUCAGACCAUUGGGAACAGGGAGCUAUGUAUAGAAACAUCUUUGUAGUCAAGGUCAACAUGCUUUUCAUGCAGUCAUGGAAGGCAGCUCUUAAAUUUGUAGAGGCCUAGUUUCUCUAAUGAUGAAUUUGCAAAUAAUUUUAUAGGGAUUAUAAAUGGUAUCUCUUGUGUUGAGUAGUGCUCCACUAUUAAGCUGUGAUGUAGAGGAGUAGAAUUGGUGAUGUGAAGGAUUUACCAAUGCUUAGGAGAUAGUAAUUCACACAGAGUAGAAUUUAUUUAAGGGAGGCUGCCUCUAAAAUACCACAAAGAUAAGUAUAUGCUAACCAGGCCUGUUAGAGAUUAAGAUGCUAGGAUACACAUUUGUUCACCAGGAUUGUGCAGACAUUUGCCUCCAAACUAUGACAAAGGAGACACCCCUGAUUUUCAAGCAGCCACUAGGCCCAUCCUUAUAUCAAAAAACAGGCCUCUAACAAGCUUUCUAGGGGGCACUACAGGGUCACAACCAACCUUAAGGCUUAGUGUGCAAUUAAGGUCUUAAUUUUUUUCUCUAGAAAAGCAUGGUUCUAGCAGAUGGAGAAGGUGAUACCUAUUUGAAAAGGAAAGCACUGUUGUGUUGAAUGGUGGCCUGAUCAACAAGACUUUUCCUCUAGGCCCUCACACAGAGAGAAGGAAGGUGCUUCAGAGAGACAGAAAAGGCCUGGAGUCUAGGACUUGGGAGCUUUCUCUAAGGACUUCAUAUAUUGAGAAUAAAAUAGAGAUCCUUCUUUAAAACCAGGAAUAUGCUAGGGAGAGCUGGUAAUGAUCUGGGGCCAGGACCUUUGUGAAGGGGUUGCUUCAGAUCAUGAGAACACAACUCUUAUUACCACAUGGCAGUAUGGUUAUCAAUCCCAAGGCCACUGUGUGCUUACCCAGUAAUGUUUCUGAGAUACUCUGUGUUCUCCUUAUGUAGCAGUGUGUGAAUUUCCUCCUCUUGAGUUUGUCCCAUCGUAUGAUAGUUUUUGUUGGCUUCAUAGAAGUCUCAUUUUCUUCCAUUUCCCACUGGAAGAUGCUAUUCUCCUUAAGAAGUUUACUUGGCAUGAGGCAUAACUUGUACAAGACCUCCCUAUAUCAGCCUCUAUUUUUUUCUAACUUCUACUUUUCCUACCCUUCUCAUCCCCUGGAUGAGGAGGUGCCUUCUCAUCUCCUGGCAUUUCCACCUCAGGACCCUGUCACUGAUGACUGACCUACUGUUUCAGGGGGAAACAGGAUUGGCAAUCAGCUGCUGGAGUCACCAUUAUGAAAGAGGACCUUAUUGUUUCAGGACUGCAGUGACCUAUGAUGAUGUGCAUAUCGACUUCACUUGGGAGGAGUGGACUUUGAUGGAUCCUUCCCAGAAGAAUCUCUACAAAGAUGUAAUGUGGGAGACCUACAGAAACCUUACUGCUGUAGGCUACAGUUGGGAAGACCAUGAUAUUGAAGAACACUGUCAAAGUUCUGGAAGACUUAGAAGGUACAAAGAACAUCAUAUUGGGGAGAAACCCUCUGAAUAUACUCAAUGUGCAAAAGCAUUUUUAUAUUAUGGUCAUCUUCAGAAUAAUGAAAGUAUUCAUACUGGAGAGAAACACUAUAGUUGUAUUCAAUAUGAUGAAGCCUUUUCACACAACAUUAGUCUCCAAAUACAUAAAGAAACACAUACUGGAAAGAAAAUCAGUGAGAGUAAUCAGUGUGAUAAAGCCUUCACAAGUCAUGAUCAUUUUCAAAUACAUAAAGGAACACAUACUAGAGAGAAACCCUAUGAAUGUAAUAAAUGUGGUAAAGCCUUUGCAUGUACCAGUAGAUUUCGAAGACAUGAAAGAAGACAUGCUGGAGAGAAACCCUAUGAAUGUAAUCAAUGUGGUAAAGCCUUUGCAUAUGCCAGUAAUCUUCGAAGACAUGAAAGAACACAUACUGGAGAGAAACCCUACAAAUGUAAUCAAUGUGAUAAAGCCUUUUCACAAAACAAUACUCUCCAAAUACAUAAAAGAACACAUUCUGGAGAGAAACCCUACAAAUGCAAUCAAUGUGAUAAAGCCUUUGCAUGUGGCACUAGUCUCCAAAUACAUGAAAGAACACAUUCUGUAGAGAAACCCUACAAAUGUAAUCAAUGUGAUAAAGCCUUUUUACAACACAGUUAUCUCCAAAUACAUAAAAGAACACAUACUGGAGAGAAACCCUACAAAUGUCAUCAAUGUGAUAAAGCCUUUUCACAACACAGUUAUCUCCAAAGGCAUGAAAGAACACAUACUGGAGAGAAACCCUACAAAUGUAAUCAAUGUGAUAAAGCCUUUUUACGACCCAGUUGUCUCCAAAUACAUGAAAGAAUGCAUUCUGGAGAGAAACCCUACAAAUGUAAUCAAUGUGAUAAAGCUUUUGCAUGUGCCAGUACUCUCCAAAUGCAUGAAAGAACACAUACUGGAGAGAAACCCUACAAAUGUAAUCAAUGUGAUAAAGCCUUUUUAAAACACAGUCAGCUCCAAAUACAUGAAAGAAUACAUUCUGGAGAGAAACCCUACAAAUGUAAUCAAUGUGAUCAAGCCUUUGUAUGUUCCAGUAGUCUCCGAAAACAUGAAAGAACACAUUCUGGAGUGAAACCCUACAAAUGUAAUCAAUGUGAUAAAGCCUUUUCACAAAACAGUCAUCUCCAAAGACAUGAAAGAACACAUUCUGGAGAGAAACCCUACAAAUGUAGUCAAUGUCAUAAAAACUUUUCACGACACAGUCAGCUCCAAAUACAUGAAAGAACACAUUCUGGAGAGAAACCCUACAAAUGUAAUCAAUGUAAUCAAGCCUUUGCAUGUUCCAGUAGUCUCCUAAAACAUGAAAAUAUACAUUCUGGAGUGAAACCCUACAAAUGUAAUCAAUGUGAUAAAGCCUUUUCACAACACAGUCAUCUCCAAAGACAUAAAAGAACACAUUCCGGAGAGAAACCCUACAAAUGUAGUCAAUGUCAUAAAAACUUUUCACGACACAGUUAUCUCCAAAGACAUGAAAGAACACAUUACUGGAGAGACAUCCUACAAAUGUAAUCAAUGUGAUGAAGGCUUUUCACAACACAGUAACCUUUAAAUUCAUGAAAGAACACAUACUGGAGAGAAACCCUAUGAAUGUAAUCAAUAUGGUAAAGCCUUUGAAUGUACCAAUAGUUUCUGAAGACAUGAAAGAACACACACUGGAGAGAAACCCUACAGAUGUAAUCAAUGUAAUAAAGGCUUUUUGCAACACUCUGAUCUCCAAAUACAUAAAGGAACACAAUCUAGAGAGGAAACCCCAUGAAUGUAGUCAAUGUGAUAAAGCCUUUGCAUGUGCUGGUAAUCUCUGCAUACAUAAAGGAACUCAUACUGGAGAGGAACCUUACAAAUGUAAUCAAUGUAAUAAAGCCUUUAUAUGACACAGUCAUGUCCAAAUACAAAAGGAAUGCAUUCUGGACAGAAACUAUGAAUUUAAUGAAUGUGGCAAAACCUUUGUAUGUCUCAACAAUCUCAGAAUAUAUAAAGGAAUACAUACUGGAGAGAAACCCUAAGACUAUAAUCAGUGUACUAAAGCCUUUGCAAUUCAAGGUCAUCUUUAAAUACAUAAAAUAACAUAUACUGGAGAGAAACCCUGCUGUGGGGUGGUCUGUAUGUCAAAUGUGUUGCUCUGAUUGGUUAAAAAAAUAAAACACUGAUUGGCCAAUAGCCAGGCAGGAGGAAGUAUAGGCAGGACAAGGAGGAGAAGAAUUCUGGGAAUUGGAAGGCUGAGUCAGGGAGACACUGCCAGCCGCCGCCUUGACAAGCAGCAUGUGAAGAUGCCGGUAAGCCACAAGCCACCUGGCAAGUUAUAGAUUUAUAGAAAUGGAUUAAUUUAAGAUAUAAUAACAGUUAGCAAGAAGCCUGCCACGGCCAUACAGUUUUUAAGCAAUAUAAGUUUUUGUGUUUACUUGGUUGGGUCUGAGCAGCUGUGAGCCAGGCAAGAAAACUCUAGCUACAAAACCCUAUGAAUCUAAUCAAUGAGAUAAAGCCUUUUCAAAACACAAUCACCUCCAAAUCCAUAAAACAGCACAUACAAGAGAGAAACCCUAUGAAUGUUAUCAAUGAGGUAAAACCUGGAUGUGCCAGUAGUCUCUGAAUACAUAAAUACUAAUACAUAAAUACAUAAUACUAGUGAGAAGCCCUUCAAAUAUAAUCAAUGUGAUAAUGCCUUUUCAUGCCAUAGUCCUCUCUAAAUACAUGAAAAAUACAUUCUAAAGAGAAACCCAAUGAAUAAAAUGUGGUUAAGCCUUUACAUGUGCCAAUAGUCUCCAAAUAUAAAAGAACACAUAUUGGAGUGAAAUCCUGUGAAUGUAAUCCAUGUGGUGAAGUCUUUUCACAAUAGACCAGUCUUCAAGUGCAUGAAAGAACACAUACUGGAGAGAAAACCUAUGAAUGUAAUCAAUGUGGUGAAGCCUUUGCAUGUGCAGGUAGUCUCUGAAGGCAUAAAGAAACACAUACUGGAGAGAGAUCCUAUGAUUGUAAUCAAUAUGGUAAAGCCUUUGCAUGAAUCAGCAGUCUUUGAAAUCAUGAGAAAAAAAUCACACUCAGAGAAACCCUAUAAAUGUAGUGAAUGUGGUAAAGUUUUGCAGUUUAUAUUAGUCUUUAUACAAGAACAAAACUUAAUGUGUAAUUUGUUAAGGCCUUUUCAUUUUAUAGUAGUCUUUCAGGGCCUAAAAAAAAACUAAUACUGAGGGAAAUUUGGCCAUAAAGAGUUUAGUAAGAUCUUUACCCAACAGACUUACAUUCAGUUACACAAGAUUACUCUGGAGAAAAUAUUUGACAAGUGUCACCAAUAUGUUCAAGCAUUAUGAUGUCCCUCUUUUUUAUUUGCACCUUCAAACUCAUGGACAAAAACCUAUGAAUUUAAAUGAUGAGCUAGACCCUUUCUAUUCCACAGUUCUCUUCAAUUACAUGAAAUUAAGGCAUCCAGGUAUAAAACUUGAUGUGUAUUAGUGCCUUUUCUGUUGCUGUGAUAAAACAUUAUGUCAACUUGUGGAAUAGUUGGCCCUUAGGUCCAGAAAGAUUCAGGAUCACCAUGAAAGUGGCAUGGCAACAAGUGUCAAACAUGGCAGCUAAGGCAGGAAGCUAAGAAUUCACAUCUUCCACCUGUGGCAUGAAGGUGAAAGUGGGAACUGGAAAUGGUGUGUGGAUGUGAACUCUCAUGUUCACACUCAGGGACAUACUUCUUCCAGCAGGGCAAGCAUUACCUAAAUCUCCAGAAAUUGUGGGAGGGCUACCCAUCACCCCUGCAUUUCCCCAGAGUGCUCUUGAGUAGGAGCAGCAGAAAAUAUUAGAUAGAAGGAUUUCGAGUGGGGAGAAACUGAUAGAAAAUACAGGAUAACCUCGAGAGGGCCUGGAACCUAUUCCAACAGGCCCUGACUGUCUCUGCCCUAGGGUAUUUACAGAAAUGCCAAGGGUUGGAGCAAAAGACCUCCCCCCAGCACAGCCCAGUGCAGAUCAUCUCAGACACCUGCACUCACACCCAGUGUCCAAUCCUCUCUAUGCAGACCUGCUGGGUAAAGCCACUAGGAAACCUGAAAAUGGGCUCCCACAGGUCCCCCUUUCUUAAUAUAUAAAAAAAAACCUCCUCAUUAAUAGUUCAUAGCAAUCUCCAUAGCUGUCUCCUCUUCCAGUAUGGGAAUUGAGAAUAAUAAAGAUGACAUUUCUUUUUUUGAUUGGGUCCAAGGUGACUACAGCAGUCUUAGCUGCAUCCAGCCUUUUCUAACCCAAAAACUCUUAAUGUAUUUGCAAAUUUAAAGAAUCCCUUAGUUUCAUCAUUAACAUCAGCAGGUUAACAAAUUUUGCUAUACAUAGUUACAAUUCUGUCAGUCUUAGAUCUCAAAUCAAACUCUUAACAGAACCAUUUGAAUUUCUUGCUAAGAGAACAUAGGAAAAACUUCUGAUGUAUUCACAUCAAACUUAAAUGUUUCAUUAACUUAAAACCAGGGUGGAUUACUGUCAAUACACUCAACCUUAAUUCACUCAUUACUUCCUCUUUUCUUUAUAAUUUUUUAAAACAAAAUUUUGAACCUAGUUAGAAGAAAAUCCAAACUUUUCCAUUUAAACACAACACCAGUUUCACAAGUAAUUCCAUUUUUACAUCAACAGUUCCAUUAAAAGUUCCAUUUUUAACACAUAACAUUUCAUGAAUCACCACAGUUAUGCAAAACUAUCUCAAGCCUAGGUAGAAACAAUAAAUUUCUUCAUUUAAACAGUUCACUUUUUUUUUAGCGCAAAUAUUUCCAGAAAACAGUUCCUAGGUCAUCCCAUUGCAAUGAAAUCACUUUUGUUCAUUUCUUAAGUACCAAAAUUUAAAUAAUAAAUUAUGGUACCAGCCUUCCAAAUAUGAAGAAAUGUUUUACAACCAAAAACUUUUUGCAGCUAACAAUUUUAGUUCAGACAAGCAUCUCUGCAGCUUUCAUUCUCAAGCCAAAGACAUCUUUAGUUACAGUAGCAUUUUAAAUUGCGCCAUUUUUGCUGCUAGCUCAGGUUUUUCUUUGCUGCAUUGAUUUUUCAAUGGGUCUCAGUUGCAGAUGCCUGUCUGUGAUUGUCAUACAGGUUCUGUUGUCUGCAAUUCUUAGCAUCUUAGCAGCUUCUGGAGAUUUUGAAAAUGCUCAGACUGCCAGCUUGAUAUAUUAAGCAUAGACUCACAUUCAAACAUUUACACUUUUUCACCAUCUACAUUCAGCAUACACUCACACUCAACAUUUACACUUUUUUACAGACUCACAUAUAACAUAUCAACAUAUACUCAUUGUUGGACCCCAAAGUUUAGGUUCUCAAGUGGGUGCCCCAAGAACCCAGACUCCAGUCCAGUUGAUGCAACAGCACGAGGAAUUUAUUGAAGAAACAUCUGUACAGAUGGGCAAACUCUGCUCCCAAGAGCAAGAGUCGCAUCUUACUGCAGCCCCAUGAGGGCUUUUAAAGGAAAAACCCAUAAAAGCCAUAAGAUUACAAUUCCCAUACAAUUUUGUUUCACAAGAUCAUGGUCUGAUCACAGAGUGGGUACAGUCACGUCAACAGGUACAUUUUUCCUGAAACCUCAAGGGGGGGUAUCAGGGCGGGAGUUGAGCUUACACAAAGGUCACAGUGGUCCUUCCUGGAACACUUGCAACUAUCCCAGUCACAGUUGAGCACAUCUCUUAACAGAAAUCUUUUUACAUUGUUAUAUUGUUACAGGGGUGAUUGAGAAGUGGCUGAGUCAGGUUGCCCUGGGAACUAGAUUUUUAGUUUCUCAUUUCCUGGUGCUUGAAGUUUUUCUCUUUCUGAGGCUUGGGGGUGUAAGCCUGCAGGGCUAGGGUCUUUCAGUCCCCUAUUUUCUUUUUGGCAAAUUUUAAUCUUAAAAUUAUGAUAUUACAUUAACUCAUGGCCUGUAAUGGCCAUGCAUAGUCCAUGUAUAAUUAGCCAUCUUGUCUCUAUGCUAGGGAGUUUUUUUUUUUUUUUGACCCAGCAUUUCAGCCUCUUCUGAACAAGGAGUAUGGGAUGACGUAUUCUCUUCUGGAACUGCUUCGAGCUGGCAUUGGGGCGCCGGUAUCAGGGCCCCUCCGCCCAAAAGGCUGAAAAGCUGGUCAAAGACUGGGCAGGGAGCAUUUGUCAGUAGCAUGUGGCAGCCUGACCCCCUAGGGACAGAGAAGAAUCAUGUUAACUGGGCUGGUCCACAUUAGCCUUUAGGAAGUCCAGAGCCCACAGUUGUCUGGAGCAGUGGAGUCAGCAACUGAAACUUGGAGGUGUCUGCCAGCCAAGCAAAAAUCUGUCGAGACAAAUUUAAACUAGAAACAGAAGUUAAAAUUUAUGAACUUGUUUGGAACCGUUAGGUCCAUACCCUUAAUAAUGGGAAAAGCAGAAGCAGUAGUCCCAAGACCAGGAGAGAGGAAAAAUACCAUCUUUAGGAAUACUUAUCUGGUGUCCUUUCGACCUCUGUGAAGUGGGUCUAGGUUUUUAUGACUCUUUUGAUCCUUUGAGGCCUACUUACAAAAUGACAUAAAAGUUUUGGAUACAUUAGUAUUAUCAAUCUGUACUGAAAUCCAUAUUGUAGAUAAAGCAGGUAAUGGGUAUCUGUAAAACAGCAGAAGUGGACUCAUACCUUUGCGUCCCAACAAGAACUACAGAUUUGGGCAUUUUUCUUCUGUCCAGAAAGCCAGGUAUAAGUUGGACAGAGAUUUUUGGCCUGGUGAGAAGCACUUUUACAUUUAGACAUAUUUAGAUGACAUCUAAAACAAAUCUAAAUGUUGGGCUUGUGACUGAACAGUAAAUAGUCUUUGCUCUACCAGCUCAUCAGGACUCUUAAAUGUUAAGCUCUGAACCAUAGAACAGGAGAGUAAUCUGAAACAUAUCUCAUUUUAGACUCAUAUCUGAACCUUUAAGACUUACUUAAACUUUUAUAUCUCAGAACAUUUUUUAAAAGUGAGUUAACAAGCUAGCUAUGGCCUUGCAGAAGGAUCUGGAUGUCUGAUGCUGCCAUGCUGACAAAGUUAGAGCUAGCCUAGCCAUUAGUACUGUCAGAGAUCUGAGAAGGAUAAACUAUAUCUGAGUGUAGAUCAAGAAGCUUCUAAUCCUAUAAAUUACAGGGACCAAUCUCAACCCAGGUCUCCAUAGCAUUGGAGGCACCAGUCAGAACAGCAUCAAUCUUCUUCCGUCAUCAGGCCCACGAGGCAGAGUAUUUUUCCUGUGGAAUAGGGACACAGAAGACUGACCUUGAUCAGGCAAAAGGGUGCAUUCAAUUCCAGUGUCCUACUACUUGUCCCCAGUCUGGGCUGGGUUCUGGCGGCAGGCGUUGCAUUGGGGCAUCUUGCCCUGUGGUCAGCGUUGUCAUAAUCCAGGCAGAGACGUUGUGGUGCCUCGUAUGUAAUCUUCUGAUACCUUGGGUCACUGCUAGGAUCUGGAAGCCUGUCUGAUAUAAUAAACUUUUAGAUCAACAUUUAAAUGCCAUAUUCUGCAGAUCUCUGAAGUAUGAGGGCCGUCCAGAUGUCUGAAUGACAAACCUUGUUUCUAAUUACUUGUUUCAAGCUCAACCCUGAAAACAUAUACAAGGGACUGAGUAAAUGAAUAAACUUAUCUCUGUAAUAUUAUAUCAGUACUUAUUUUCCCUGACUAUAAUUAAAAGAAACUUGAUUACUCA